GGCGGCGGCGGCGGCGGCGGCGGGGAGGAGAAGCCGGCGCGGAGCCGCUCCUCGCAUCGCCUCGCCCACCCCGCAGCCCCUCCGCCGCCUCGCCUCCCCUGGCCGCCGGAGGCACCGGCGGCCGCCCGUCCCCAUGAUGGCCUCAACCGCCACCUGCACCCGCUUCACCGACGAGUACCAGCUCUACGAGGAGCUCGGCAAAGGAGCGUUCUCGGUCGUGAGGCGAUGUAUGAAAAUCACCACAGGACAGGAGUAUGCUGCCAAAAUCAUCAACACCAAAAAGCUCUCGGCCAGGGAUCACCAGAAACUGGAAAGAGAAGCGAGGAUCUGUCGUCUCUUGAAGCAUCCUAAUAUUGUGCGGCUUCAUGACAGCAUAUCAGAAGAGGGAUUCCAUUACUUAGUCUUUGACUUAGUCACUGGUGGUGAAUUGUUUGAAGAUAUAGUUGCCAGAGAGUACUACAGUGAAGCAGAUGCCAGUCAUUGCAUUCAGCAGAUCCUGGAGGCUGUGCUCCACUGCCAUCAGAUGGGCGUAGUCCAUCGCGACCUCAAGCCUGAGAACUUACUUUUAGCUAGCAAAUCCAAGGGAGCAGCAGUAAAAUUGGCAGACUUUGGAUUGGCUAUAGAAGUCCAAGGGGAACAACAGGCAUGGUUUGGUUUUGCUGGCACUCCAGGAUACCUUUCUCCAGAAGUCUUACGGAAAGAUCCAUAUGGAAAACCUGUGGAUAUGUGGGCAUGUGGUGUCAUUCUGUAUAUCCUCCUGGUGGGUUAUCCUCCUUUCUGGGAUGAAGACCAGCACAGACUUUACCAGCAGAUAAAGGCUGGUGCUUAUGAUUUUCCCUCGCCAGAAUGGGAUACGGUGACUCCUGAAGCAAAAGACCUUAUCAAUAAAAUGCUUACAAUCAAUCCUGCAAAACGUAUCACAGCUUCAGAAGCACUAAAGCAUCCAUGGAUCUGUCAACGUUCCACUGUUGCCUCUAUGAUGCACAGACAGGAGACUGUAGAUUGCUUGAAGAAAUUCAAUGCAAGAAGAAAACUAAAGGGGGCCAUUUUGACAACUAUGCUGGCUACCAGAAAUUUCUCAGCAGCCAAGAGUUUACUGAAAAAGCCAGAUGGAGUUAAGAAAAGGAAGUCCAGUUCGAGUGUUCAGAUGAUGAUAAACAACAAAACGAACGUGGUAACCAGCCCCAAGGAAAAUAUUCCUACCCCUGCGCUGGAGCCCCAAACUACAGUUAUCCACAACCCUGAUGGAAAUAAGGAGUCCACAGAGAGUUCCAAUACAACCAUUGAAGAUGAAGAUGUGAAAGCUCGCAAGCAGGAGAUUAUCAAGGUUACUGAGCAGUUGAUUGAAGCUAUCAACAAUGGGGACUUCGAAGCUUACACAAAAAUCUGUGAUCCAGGCCUUACAUCCUUUGAACCUGAAGCUUUGGGUAAUCUAGUAGAAGGGAUGGACUUUCAUCGGUUUUACUUUGAAAAUGCUUUAUCCAAAAGUAAUAAGCCAAUCCACACCAUUAUCCUCAAUCCUCAUGUCCACCUUGUGGGUGAUGAUGCUGCUUGCAUUGCAUAUAUUCGGCUCACGCAGUACAUGGAUGGAAGUGGGAUGCCAAAGACAAUGCAGUCAGAGGAAACGCGGGUUUGGCACCGUCGUGAUGGGAAAUGGCAGAAUGUGCACUUUCACCGUUCAGGGUCACCAACAGUACCUAUCAAUGCCUAGCACAGCGGGAUCCCAAUCAUGACUUCGACCCCUAAAUGCUACGCUAAAAAUAUCAGCGGUGCCGCUCUUGUAUUAUCUGUACCCAACGCACCUGGUUUAGUACCAUCUUGGCCAUCCCGUUCUCUUCAUGAAUGUUUCUGAGUGCAUGAAGUUGUGAAGGUUCUUCAUGUAACACAUUUGUGAUGCACCAUUUUGCUGUGUAUUCCAUCUGUACACUGUUAACAUUUCAAUGAAGGUGAUGUUCCAAGCAAAUAGAAAAUAGCAAGGCAUAAAAGACAAAAAAAAAAAAAAAUACAGUUCAUGUACAGCAGUAUAUACAGGAUACAUUUGUCAUCUUUUCUCCAUUUAUGCCAAGUUUUGACAGCCAACUUCAGAAACUAUCCUAUUUAUAAAAAAGAAAAGAAACAAAAAAUACGUUCUACCCUCUUUUCUUAAGAACUGUUUUUUGACUCCUUUUCCCUUGAGUCCUCCUUGGAUUUUGAUUUCAUUCUGAUAGGAGUGGUUAGGAUUUCUGCUGGCAGCUCUGUUACUGUAAAACAGAUUUUUAUUAUAUCUUGUAGAUGGACAAAAUCUCUGAUAAACGGGGAAGUGAUAAUAUCUUGGCUUUGUACCAGCUGAAGUCUUCUUAUUUUAUUAGUCUAUGUCAACUGGAAAAAUCUCAUAAUUUGCUGGCUUGAUUACUUCAGAAUUAACUGUCAGUAUUCUGGCUAGUCAGCAUUCUUCUUUUUUUCAUUGAAGUUUUUACCUUUGCUUUCUUACUAUGCUAAAUGAGAAUUUAUAUUGGGUGAUUAAUCAGAAUUAAAAAUCAUAAGGAACUAAGUGACAAUCGAGAGGCAGGUUUCAUUUAAAAAGAGAUUAUAAAGAGAUCUAAAAAAUAGAUUUUUAUCACUUUUAGAGUGCACUGUAAAGUUAUUAAGGAGUCUUUAAAGCAUUUUACAUUUUUGUUUAAGCUAUAGACCACUUCAGUGGUUAAUAUACUCUAGGAAUAUUAGGCCUUAAUAGCUUAGUAUGGAGAGUUGGUUUACUUUCCAGUGUUGUUGUUGCUUCUCUGGAAACGUAUUAUAUCUACACCAGUUUUCUAGUAAGGCUGUAAUACUUUUCCACAGAUUUGUUUUUCUUUCCUCUUCCCCCUCAGUCUGCUCCUGGUUCAUGAAAAACAUCAGGCAGCAUACAAUAUCAAGGACAACAAUCUCUGCAGCAUUACUAGUUUGUUUUGGCUCUUUAUCACUAGCUGCGAAUGUCUGUACGCUGUGCAGGGAAUGCUCUCAGUGUCGGUUCACAACACAAAUUUUGUGACAGGGACUGUUUUUGCUUCCCUUACACAGCUGUGAGAGUACAUCCUUGCAAGGAUUUAGGUUUAUUACCUUCCAUUUUAAUAGAAAAACGCAGGGAUCAGUUAUUUCUUUUCCACUUGUUAAUUAUUUUAUUACCAACAGGGCUAACUGUUUUCUGCAGCGCUGUAUAGUGCAUGAUAUCUCAGUGUUCUUUUUAGCAGUGAAAACUUUACAACUCAGCAGCCUGAAGUUUAUAAAAUGGGAAAGCUUCCUAAUUUGUAUAAUUCCACCUUUCUGUGUUGUUACUAAUCAAAAGCAGUUCUUAAACAUUUUGAUGUUGUUGCUAGUGGAUGUAUGGUAGAUGGAUUUAAGCUUCUCUGAUAAUUAUUACAUGAUUUUAAAUGGUAUAUAUUUAAAAUAAGCAUCUACAAUAAAUGUGUUGAGCCAUAUAACCUGCCAAUGGGAUCUGUGAAAAAGAGUAAUGGCCUCAUUUUUUUCUCAUUAAUUUCUUUACCUAGUUUUGUUCUUUUUUUUUUUUUUUUUUUUUUUUUUUUUGUGAAGCGGCUCUAAGUGGCAUAACUGUAUUUAAAAUUAACAAAUUAGUUAUAGGGUGGGGUUUUUUUAAUAUACUUCUAACAUAGCAUGUGGUGUUGACGUUUUACUGUAGAUCAAAUUUGUCUUCCACACCAAGAUGUGAGGAAAUUGUGAUUUGUUCUCUCCACCACAACUGAAUUAUACAUUUCUGUCAUUUUGAAACACUGCAGUUUACCAUGGGAUACAGUGUACAUAUUUCUUGCCAUAAUGGUAAAUGAUUGAUAUAUUUAAGGAUUAAUAAAUUUGUGAUUUCUGCUGA